AUGGCCGACUCAGGGUUCGUCAAGUCCGAGUUCGUCAAGCCCGAGCCGGCGGCAUCGCCAAUGGCAAUUGACGAGGACGACCUCUUCGAAGAUGCCGGCGACCUGGAUUUCUAUGACAAGACAACUCCUGGAAACACAUUCGAGACACUGUAUCUUGCGCGCGUCCCCAAGUACAUGUGGGAUGCUUGGAUCAAGCUAACGGAGAAGCUUGGCGACGAUGACGAGAUCCAGAUCGGCACGCUACGAACCUGGAACGAGCCACAGAUGGACUCAAUGACAGAUGGAAGCCCUCGCGAACUCACCAAACUACGCAUGCUUCUCACAGCAAACACUCCCGAGCAUCAGCUUCUGCCUCGCGAGUACGACCUGGAAAUCCUCGACCAGGAUGUGAAUAAUUCCUUCAUCUUCAGCGAAGAAGAUUUACCGGGCUUCAAAUCCAAGAACAAGGCGCGCGCUGAUGCUGCAAGUGCCGGUAUACCACUGGCCCUUUUACGAUCAAGAGGAAACGGCAAUUCCGAGAGACCAACCUACGAUCGAAGGAGCAGAUACCAACCCUAUUACCGCAAAGCUAUUCCGAAGAAGACGAAAAUCUUUGGCAAGAUUAGAUAUGAUCUACGCGUCGAACCACGGAAUCUUCGAGAGGAAGAAGAGCUCUUGGCGAAGCGUAUUUUCGAAGCAGAAAACUCCAAGUCGAAGCUUCAAAUCAUUAGCAGAAACAAGGCCUCUUCCAUUAUCAACCCCGGAUCUGCAGGCUCUGUCAGCUGGGGAGGCAACUUCAUUAAAAACGCUCCCUCCACCGUCAAGCCCAAGAAGGGCGAAAUUCUCAAGGCAACUCGUAUUCCGAAAAACCAGCUUCUCGAUCUUAUUUUCGAUUGUUUCCGUCAAUAUCAGUAUUGGUCAAUGAAGGCACUGCGACAGAGAACUCAGCAGCCGGAUUCGUACCUACGCCAGGUCUUGGAAGAAGUUGCCGUGCUCAACAAGAGUGGCCCGUUUGCCAACCACUACUGCUUAAGUGAAGCAUAUCGAGAUAAGGGUGGUAACGAUGCCAAGGAGGCUGCUGCGGAGGCCUUGGAUGACGAUGGGGACGACGAUGAGGGAGAAGAAAUGGAGGAUGUUCUGGUUAUGCAGUGA